GGCGCGCGCGGGCCUGGCCAUUCGCGACCCGGAGCAGCGCGGGCGCGGGUGAGCAGGGGCCUCCGGGCGGGCGGUGGUGGCGGCGUCCCCGCGCAGGCUGGAGGCCGCCGAGGCUCGCCAUGCCGGGAGAACUCUAGUUCCCCCAUGGAGUCGGCCGACUUCUACGAGGCGGAGCCGCGGCCCCCGAUGAGCAGCCACCUCCAGAGCCCCCCACACGCGCCCAGCAGCGCCGCCUUCGGCUUCCCCCGGGGCGCGGGCCCCGCGCAGCCCCCCGUCCCACCUGCUGCCCCGGAGCCCCUGGGCGGCAUCUGUGAGCACGAGACGUCUAUCGACAUCAGCGCUUACAUCGACCCGGCCGCCUUCAACGACGAGUUCCUGGCCGACCUGUUCCAGCACAGCCGGCAGCAGGAGAAGGCCAAGGCGGCCGCGGCCCCGGCGACCGGCGGAGGCGGCAGCGGCGACUUUGACUACCCGGGAGCCCCCGUGGGCCCCGGCGGCGCCGUCAUGCCCGGGGGUGCGCACGGCCCGCCUGCCGGUUAUGGCUGUGCGGCGGCCGGCUACCUGGACGGCAGGCUGGAGCCAUUGUACGAGCGUGUCGGGGCGCCGGCCCUGCGGCCGCUGGUGAUCAAGCAGGAGCCCCGCGAGGAGGACGAGGCGAAGCAGCUGGCGCUGGCCGGCCUCUUCCCCUACCAACCGCCGCCUCCACCGCCGCCGCCGCACCCACACCCGCCCCCCGCGCACCUGGCCGCCCCGCACCUACAGUUCCAGAUCGCACACUGCGGCCAGACCACCAUGCACCUGCAGCCCGGCCACCCCACGCCGCCGCCCACGCCCGUGCCCAGCCCGCACCCCGCACCCGCGCUCGGCGCUGCGGGCUUGCCGGCUCCAGGAGGCGCGCUCAAGGGGUUGGCGGCCGGGCACCCCGACCUCCGCGCGAGCGUUGGCGGCAGCGGCAGCGGCGGUGGUGGCGGUGCGGGCAAGGCCAAGAAGUCUGUGGACAAGAACAGCAACGAGUACCGGGUGCGACGCGAGCGCAACAACAUCGCCGUGCGCAAGAGCCGCGACAAGGCCAAGCAGCGCAACGUGGAGACGCAGCAGAAGGUGCUGGAGCUGACCAGUGACAAUGACCGCCUGCGCAAGCGGGUGGAACAGCUGAGCCGCGAGCUGGACACACUGCGGGGCAUCUUCCGCCAGCUGCCGGAGAGCUCUUUGGUCAAGGCCAUGGGCAACUGCGCGUGAAGCGGGCGGCAACGGGACUGCCUUUGGGCCGGGCUCCCGGCGGGGAUCCCGGGGAGUGAGUGAGUGGUUUCCCAUCACCAGGUCUCUAUGCCGCUCACACGUGCAGGCCAGGACUAGGAGAGUCUGGCGAUGUUGACCGAAAGCCUGGCUUGCUCUGCAC